CACCUUCUGUUACUGUGUGUAAAGCGUAUGUACCUCAUGUGAUUAUUCCUCGGCAUAUAUAAGUGAAAUGUUCAAUAGUUUUCUAUUUGCAUGAAAACGUGUAAUAUGUGUGAGUAUCAGUAUUUAAUGCUAUAUUAAGCACCGAAGCCGAUGCUCACUUGUUGGUAGUGUGGGGUUAACCUGCUAGUCGCCUUCGGGCAUCACUCACGGCCAAGUCGCGCUCAGACAAAGACGGGCAGGAUGGUGACCGAGUUCUUACGGUCAUGCCUACCUCAUCAAUAAACGUCAGAGAGAGAACUGCCUUUCCUCGACCCUACGAUGAUGGGUGUGAUCAGUAAAACAGAUCACCUGAGAGCCAAUUGAUGCCCAGCCGGUGCGGCUACAGUAAGAACUCGGCCUACAAGCAAGAAAUUGGCUCCAUGUGAAACCGUAGCAAGAGUGAGUCACAGGACGAGGGGACGCUGACGUAAGCCUAAAGGUUGACCUCUGAGGCCCCGGGGUCAGCUCUACCCUUGACGACAACCACUCCCUUCUACCCACUGUGCCUCGCCACCAUUUUGUAGAACCCAUGGUCACAGGCAAGAAAAUAUAAUAGUAUGUAUGUGCACUGAAUUGAGUAGCCUAAGUGAAAAUUACCCACAAUUAGCUAGUAUUAAGAGUGGUAAUUUUAAAUUGCUCUUUCAGUGUCUCAGUAUUGAUACAAUUAAGUUGUUAGAUAUGUCUGAUACUGAGGAAAUUAAUGCCGUAGAUGGCCUUAGGGAAGGUGAGGGUGAGCAAGUGGACAGGGAUCAAACUUGUAUUGAAGAAGUUAGUGUCAGGGAGCGAGUGCCAACCGAUAAAGGAAGAGAAUAUCAAGUCAGUGUAACCAAAGGAAGAGCAGAGUCCUGUAAGCGUAAAUGGAGCAGUGUUACCAGCAAAAUUAAGAAAGGAUUAAAAAUUGUAAUUAGCCCCUUUGAAUUAGAGCCCAUGUCAAGUGAAGUAAUAGAGGCAUUUCAUCAGUAUUAUGUGGAAUACACAAAGCUGGUGGAACUAGAGCCAGAAAGGUCAGAGGAGCUAAAUGAAGAGCUGGAACACAAUCAACAAGUUCACCAUGAAAUAUUAGAAAGUAUAGAAUGUAAAAGAAAGGAGUUAAAGAAUGACAGAGGAUCAAUUUGUUCCAGCAAACGGUCUAGACAUUCUAGAGUCUCAUCUACUUCAUCACGUUCAUCAGCAGCACAAAGAAAGCAAGAAGCAGCAGCAAAGGUAGCCAGACUUAGAAAGGAAAUGGAAUAUCAUGAUAGUUUAGCAGAGGCAGAAGUUAUGUUAGCUAAGACUAAAGCAGAUGCAGAAGUUAUGUUAGCAAGAGACGAAGCAAUGUUCUCAAAGAAAAAGAAAGAGAGAGAUUUAGCAGUUGCUAGUGCAGAACUUAAUGCUCUUAGCUUAGUUGAAGAAGAAGUAAAAAUGCUUCCAGGUAAUGAUGAAAGUGUAGAGAAGCAAAGUUAUCUUCAACAAUACAUAGAGUCACAAAAUGAAAUGAAAGCACAAGCAAUUGCAAAUCAACAAAGUGACAAUGCCAUGCCUCACAAAUAUGUUACAUUCCAUGACCCACAGAAACCUUCUUGCAAUAGAGAUAAUGAAUUGAUGACAAAUGAAGUAGAUGGACAAAUAUUUAGUGAACCUCAGGUAAUAAAUCUCAACCCUACAGCUCAAAGUCUUGUACCAAGCUCUCGUAGACACACUCAUAAUGUCAACAUGCCUAAUAAUGUGAAUAAUGUGAGACAGAAUCAUCAAUCCUUUUCCCAUCCUGGGGGAACCUUUGCAAUCAACAUACCUGAUCCCAAGUGGAGCCUCCCUCCAAUAGAGCCUAACACUUUUGAUGGAGAACCCAUGGAAUUUCCAAGUUGGUUGAAAAACUUUGAAACUUAUGUAGAGUCUAAAACUUCUGUUGGUAAAGAGAGACUUGCCUACAGUUAGCGCGGAC